AUGGCAGCUUUGAAAACUCCAGAAACGCUAAAAGCGGCGAUCUGGCACCAUUUCGGGUUCAGAAGCAAUAAAGAGAACGAGCUUGACAAAAGCAAAGCAAUUUGCAAAGCCUGCCAAAUGGAGGUGAAGUAUUGUGGAAAUACUACUAAUCUCAGGAACCACAUGAUGCGACAUCAUCAAGACAUCAUAUCCAAGCCCGCCACCGGACCGCAACAGAUGACACUGAAACAAACUCUACAACUACCAACUAAUUCUGAACGCUCUGUCAAAAUAACUGAGGCGAUUGCGGGCUUCAUUUGCAAAGAUAUGCGCCCAUAUUCUGUUGUUGAGAAUGUGGGAUUCAGGCGGCUAAUGAAGGUAAUGGAACCAAAUUAUGUCAUUGUGUCUCGCAAACAUCUGUCUGAAGAAGUGAUCCCCAACAUGUACCAGACAGUAAAAGAUGGUGUAGUGUGUAAGCUUAAGACCGCAGAGAGGGUGGGCAUUACGAGUGACACCUGGACAUCCGUAGCUACGGAAUCUUACAUGAGUGUGACAGCACACUACAUAGACGAGCUCUGGAACCUCGUGUCUUACGUGCUGCAGACAACCGAAGUUCAAACGGACCAUCGCUCUGUCAGUCUAGCUGAAAUGUUAACCAAAGCUAUGGAGGAGUGGGGGCUGCUGAGUAAAGACCCAGCCAUAGUCACUGACAACGCGGCGAAUAUGAUCUGUGCGGUUGAGAUUACGGGGCUAACCCACGUCGGCUGCUUCGAGCACAUAAUCAACCUGGCCUCGCAAGCCGGUCUCAAACUGCCGAAUGUUGCACGCCUUCUUGGGAGAGUAAGGCACAUCGCAAAGUUCUUUCAUCGCAGUACAACGGCCACCCGUAUCCUCAAAGAAAAGCAGAAGCUACUGCAGCUGAAUGCACACAAGCUCAAAAUUGAUGUGGUGACUCGUUGGAACAGUACACUAGAAAUGCUUGAGCGCUUUUUAGAGCAACAACCCGCGAUCUCUGCCGCUCUGCUCUCACCUGAUGUGCGGAGAAAUGAAAAGGAUCUUUGCAGCCUGAAGGAAGAGGACAUAACAGAUGCAGAAGAUGUGGUCAGAGCUCUAAAGCCAAUGAAGACAGCCACUCAAGUGAUGUCAGAAGAAAAGUGCCCAACUCUCUCAGUGAUGGCACCUCUGCAUGCUCUGCUGCUGAAAGAGAUGACCAGUCUCCCAGAAGACUCCAGAGUUGUUAAGGACACGAAGGAUGAGAUCAAGAAAAACUUAAGCACAAGGUAUGUAAACCAGAAGGACAUGCUGUACGUAGCUUCAGCUAUUGAUCCACGUUUCAAAGCUCUGCCAUUCCUGAAUGAGGAGGAGCGAGACAGGACCUUCUCCAGACUCCAGACUGAAGCAGUGUGUGGGAUGGAGGAAGAUGCAUAUAAUCAAGAUGCUGUUGCUGAUGAAGUUGAUGGAGUGGAGGAAGAGGUGGAACCCCAACCUCCGGCACCCAAGCAAUUCAAGCAAUCCAGUGCUUUGGAGUCUCUCCUUGGGGAAGCCUACAGACCACAACAGGAAGUAGGACCACAGAAAACUAAAGCGGCAGAGGCAGAAGACGAGAUCAAAAGGUACAGGGCAGGGAGACCUGCGGGACUGCAGGACAAUCCUCUCAUCUGGUGGUGGGAGAAUGAAAAGGAGUAUCCUCUUUUGGCUCGCAUGGCAAAGCGAUAUCUCUGUGUCCCAGGAACCAGCGUCACAUCUGAGAGGGUUUUUUCGACUGCAGGUGAUAUCAUUACUGCCAAAAGAAGUUGCCUUACCCCUGGGCAUGUCAAUGAGCUACUGUUCCUGCAGAAGAAUCUUUCCAUUCCUGAGUGA